CUCAAUUUCUGCCUCUGGUUGUUGCUCGUGAAUCUGCUCUGUUGUUGCUCAUGAAUCUGCUCUGCUGCUGCUCAUGAAUUUGCUCUGCUCAUGAAUCUCUGCUACUGUUGCUCAUGAAUCUGCUCUGUUGCUGCUCAUGAAUCUGCUCUGUUGCUGCUCAUGAAUCUGCGCUGCUACUGCUCAUGAUCUGCUCUGCUGCUACUCAUGAAUCUACUCUGCUCUUCACGAACCCUUCUACGUUGCUACUGCUCACUCUACUGGCUGCUGCUCACGAACCCUUCUGCUCUGCUGUUACCGAAAGCCAUCUGCUCUUUAGAUUAGAAUUUGAUAUUUGGUGGGGAAUGGGGACGGAAGGCAAAAGCUGCCCUCUGUCAAAAAUCUCCGCGGGGAUCCCCGUCCCCGUGAAUCGUGGGGACAGGGAUGGGGAAGUGGUCCCUGGCCCCGCGGGGCCCGUUGCCAUCCCUACCUCAGACCUCGAUUCCUUUAGCCUUCUCAAUUCCUCUCAAGCUCACUCAUCUCUCGUCUCAUCUUAAAUUCUCUCAAUCUCUAUCUUUUCAACACUUUCCAACCUCGUAAGAUUAGAUUAGUUGCUAGAUCUUUCUCAAUCCCGUAGGCAUUAGCUAUUGCUUCUCUUCCAUGUUGUUGCUUCUCUUCUCUCAUUCAUUCGACUCACUACCAUAUUUUUCAUUUUUCACUUCUAAAUGAUGUAAUUUCUUUUGUUCCUGAUUGAGUCUUGAUUUUUAUGAUUUGGGUUUUUCUCAUUGCGUAGGUUUUUGUUCUAACAUAGAUUAGCUAUGAUAAUGUUGGGUUUCCUUAGGGGAUUUUAUCGAUUUGAAUAGCCAAUUUGAGUUGAGUCAUAAAAGAAAGAAACUAAUGGAAGAAUCAUGGGUUUUAUUUUGCUUUUGUUCAUUGGAGUGGAACUUGUUUAUGAAUUUGAAAUCAAUGGUUGGCCUUUUC